AGAGCUGUGGGAAAUUUUUCUAAAAUUUUCAGAGCAGUUAGUCUAUUUAAGGACUCUUUAAAUUGGAUUUUUUUUUUUUUUGAACCUGGGGGCUUCCUUUAAAUCUGGGAUGAUUUGUCAGGUGGAUGAGUACUCUAUGGAUUUGAUAAAUGCCUUCUUUUUAGAUCCAUUGUGCUGAAUGUAUCUGCCACACAACUGUGUACAUAAUACAUAGUAUUUAUUACACGUGUGUAUCUGCAUGGCACUAUGGAUCUAGUGAAGUCAAUGGCAAGGUUUCAUUGACCUUCAGUGGGGGCAUAAUUUCACCCAAUGCCAUCUAAUCUGCUUUAGUUUUUUUUUUAAGGAGGACCUAUCAUUGCAGUAUCUAAGCAUUGUCCCUAACAGUUUAUAAUCUAAAGAAAGGCCUGAUUCUGCUGUCCUCACACACUCAGAAUUCUUGUUGAUUUUGUUUAGAGUUUUGGGUGUGCAAGAAGUGGUGGAGUGGACCCUUUUGUUAUCACUCAUUUUAUGUGGGGAAAAGUGAAUAUAAGUGUUAGAGCAACAGCAUGUGGCUGCUUGAGUCAUUACAGCACACACAGUGAGCAUUUGCAAAACUUGUCUACGUUUUCACUGAAGGAAAGACCAGGAUUAACCCCCCAAAAAGUACACUAAUGCAGUAUUUGCUUAUGUAAACAAACUGAUGUUUGGAUUCCUCUCCCAUCCCCAAAUGCCCUAAUAAUAAUAUCUACCUCUUACAUAGUGCUUUACCAUAGAGCACCAUAUGCACAUCCAGUUAUCAUAGUGCCCUCCUAUGUGUGAAUCUUUCUGCCUCAAUUUCCUCCAUCUGUAAUAUGGGGGAUAAAUGACUUGCCAAAUUUAUACACUGAGAGGGCACGGCUACACUAGAGAGUUUAGAACGGCGCAGGCAGGUAUAGCUCUAAGCCAACAUGAAAGAGCUCUGCACUUGGCUUAACUACUCCAGCCCUCCUGCAAGCAGCAGAAGCUAUGUCAGUGGGAGAAACUCCACACUGGUGCUUACGUUGGUGUAGCUUAUGUCGCUCAGGUGGGUGAUUCAUUCACACCUCUGAGCUUCAUAAAUUAUGCCUACAUACGCUGUAGUAUAGACGUAGCCUGAGUAAGCAGCAGACCUAUGCUUGGAACUUGGGAGCCCUUGACUCUCUGCCCUUAUCUCAUUCUUCUAAACAGCAGUAAAUAUUAGACUGAUGCUAAAUAAAACCCUCAUGUCAAGUCAGAAAAUGGCCCUCCCUACACAAAGCAGGGGGUGGAGUCACUUUGUGUAUGUGUGUGCGUGUGCAGAACAUGUUUACUCAGAGCAACAAUAAUCCAAGAACGUUAGUCUGGAAAUUUGAGCUACGUGGGUCAAUUCCUUUCUAGUUGACAUUGUGGACAUAUAUGAAUCUAUACGUGAAAGACAGCGUCAUGACAGUGAAAGGUCUACGUGCAGCACCUUAGAGCAGAAUGACAUAGAAGCAGUCGAGGCGCUUGUUUGUAUGAGCUCCUGGGGUCAAAGAUCACAGAAAGGUGACCUAUUAAAGAUAAGGCCACUUACGCCCAUCUCAGAUUCAGGUGACUUCACAAUGCAUGCUGAAGCGGCCUCUGAAUUACCAAAGGAUUAUCACUUUUUGUCUACACUGUGUAUGACCCCACCCCACAGCCCUGAUUUUGUUGAGCCAUCGACUACAAUGCUCCUUUCUUCACAAGUCACUUAUUCCAAACCAAGGACAGUCAUGGCAAAUACAUCUGUUUGCGUAGUCACUGCUACAAACUGUGCAUCUGCCAUAGCCAAACCAUCUGUCAUAAACGUGGAGAGGCAGUCCAGUCAGAAGUCAGCAAUAUCUGAGCCACCUGCCCCUCAGCCUUGCAGGGCCAUGGCAACCAGCGUUAUACGUCAUACAGGCGAUAGUUCUGCUUACCCACACAUUCCUGCUGUGCAAGUUAAAAGAAAGGUAACUUCAGGCAAUUGCAGCACUUCCACAGAUUGGUCUGAAGCACAAGACCGAAGACAUUCCAGAGUUUCACAGGACAUGGAUACUGCUGAUGGUUUAAUUAGUGAUACUUCAUCAGUACAUCAGCCUUAUUUGCACAAUUCCAGUUGUAACACUACCAAUAAAGGGCAACAGCCAAUAAGGCCAGUUUCACCGCGGACUUGUUUACCAAAGAAUUGUGACAACUACCUACAGAAAAAAGCCACCCAGCUGCUACCUACCCCUGUUUCAAACCCCCAAGUCAUCUGCCAAAUGAUCCCUUUUAACAGGCAAAGAGGUAUGAUUUCUGCCUUUAUAAAACCCCCUACACAGACAGUCGCAACUACUGUCCAACCUAUUUUACCCCAAACAGCCCCAGUUUCUCAGCCUGUUCUCAUGGGAUCUUCUGUGCCUCAGGGGACUGUUAUGUUGGUUCUUCCACAGACUGCUGUUGCACAGACACCUCAGUGCCAACAAACUCUAAUGACUGUUGGAAACACCAAGUUAUUGCCUCUUGCUCCUGCACCAGUUUUUAUUGCUUCUGGUCAAAGCUGUGCACCUCAAAUGGACUUCUCAAGGAGGAGAAAUUACGUUUGCAACUUCCCAGGCUGUAGGAAAACUUACUUCAAAAGUUCCCACCUCAAAGCCCAUCUUCGUACUCACACUGGUGCGUAUGGAGGGCAAGUCCUUUGUUACAAGAAUAUUCACUUGUAUUGUUGGAAGAAUGUUAUUCUGCAUUUUGAUUCUGAGAGGGGAGAAAAACCUUUCAGCUGUAACUGGGAAGGCUGUGACAAAAAGUUUGCCCGCUCAGAUGAACUUUCUCGCCACCGAAGAACUCAUACUGGAGAGAAGAAGUUUGCUUGUCCUGUGUGUGACCGUCGUUUCAUGCGCAGUGAUCACUUGACAAAACACGCCCGUCGUCAUAUGACUACAAAGAAAAUACCCAGUUGGCAGACACAGGUUGACAAACUGAACAGAAUUGCUACAGCAGAGAAACCUAAAAGUGGUGGUGCAUUGAAUGUGCUCGUACCCAUGCCAACCUCUGCCUAAGUGGGCUAGUUGGACAAAAAAUCUGCUCUCAGAACUUUCUAAAAGUCAGGAAAGAGCUACAAUGGUUAAAACCGAAUUGACAAUGUUUUCUUAAUUUCUGUUCAUAUUUGCCUCUUUAAUAGGGCGGAAAAAAGGUAUGUAAUUAUUUUCUUCAGCUUAGGCUCUGUUCUGAUGAUAUCAUAUGAGAACUCGAUUGUAUGUGUCUCUUUUUUUUUCCCCCUCUUUUCCUCAAAAUUUGGGCAUCCCCAGUUACUGGCACUUCAGGAAAGCAGAACUCUUUGGAAACAAUUUGGGUACUAGAGUAUUAAAAAGCAAAACUCACUUGAGUAACAGUUGCUGUUCAUAUUUGAUACAAAGUGAAACAAGGUGAUUUUUAAUGUUUUAUAUACUAGUAUUUUCUAUACAAAAUAUAUUUUAUAUUUGUUCAGCUAGGGCUUGGCCUGCAGUCAUUGAAACUACUUGCAUAAGUAAAAGUGUGCAAAAUCAGACCCUUUGUUUGGAAACUGCUUUUCACUAAGCCUCAACAAACUUAAUUAAAACAUUUUAUAAACAUAUAACACUGUAACUCAGAAUGUUUUGGAACUUUACACAUUUAGACCCUGAUCCAGCAAUCAGUUUGCACAGUCGGACCUUCAUUCAAAUGAGAUUGCAGGAGUGGGGCUUAAAAGCCUGUUGCCAUUUAUGAAAAAAAAAAUCUCCAGGAAUAAAAUUUGCUUCUUGAAAUCCACAACAAUUAAUUGAAAUCGGUUCCUUGAAGGAAAAAAUUGCACUGAGCAUGUUUCAUAAAAUUUGCUGUGGGAAGUCCUUGUGACUUCAGGUGGAAGCUUGAAAGACAGUGCACUCCUGAUUAGAUUUUGUUCUAACUGAGCAAACUUUGGAGAGCCAAGACUGUUCAAGUGGAUGCACAAGUGCAGCUACUUCUGAAGAACUUUGCCACUAUUAAGGGAUUUUUACUUAAGUCCUGUUGAUGCUACUACUGUAAACCCAAAACAGGUAGAUGAUGACAAAACAGAUGUCACGUGUAGUAAACUAGAUCUCUGAUUUGUAUUUCCUCUGUUUUUAAAAUUAUAGCGUUUUUUUUUAUAGUGUUUAGGAUAGACUCUUGUACACCUAGUAAUGAACUAUUCAGGACUUCAGUUUGUGUAUCAAAAGCGCACACCCAAAGUCUAAUUCAAAACACAGCCACUUUGUUAAACUGAUGAGCCUCUUCUUACGGCCUUAUACUCCAUGCUAUUUUGCGUGCAGAACCACUCUUCUCUAUUAAAUGAAAUACUCUUCCUGUUGAAUGGGCUUUCUUUUCCAUCAAAGUAUGUUAUGACUAAGAUGAAUUACAAAAUUGCCAGCUGCAGGACUACUCUGUUGUAACUUUCUUAGUAGCAUAGUAUGAUUAACAACAUUAAAUGUGUGUAGCACAACUAGAUCACUCAGCUUCUGUGUCAAGAAGAGAACACACACAUAUUAACAAGCAAAGAUGUUUGCUGUAGUGCUGAGAUCAGACUUGGUGUAACAUCUGACAUUUCAUUAGUACCCAGAAUCAUUGGUUCUAGAACAGAUUAAAAAUAGCUUUUUGACUAGCAUGGUACCUUCCUUAAUCCAGAUAUUUCUGUUCUGUAGGUUGAUUCCUUGUGCAACUUGGCUGCUUCUGUUGCAAACAUCUUUUAACAUUAACAACUUCAUAUACAGACUUUGCCUUAAGCUUAUUUAUUUAUUUAAUUUGAGUCUAAAUUUUCUAUCGUGAAAAGCCUUCUCCUUAAAGUGUGGUUCUAAUCUGAAAAGUAACAAUAUAAAAAUGGCAUUUUCAUACUCCAGGUCAUCUGCUUCUUUUGUGUGCAUUCAGUUGCAUCUGCCUCUUUACUGACAAAGUAUGUUUUUACUACUCUUUGCUCUUAUGAGCCUGACACAGUCAACACAACUAACACAGCAUUAGCUGGAUUCUCUUCCUUUUUGCAAAAAAUGGUUUACGAAGUUUGGUCUAUUACACUUUUGAAAUCCAUUGAGUGUCCAUAUGGAACAGUAUUUCAGUUAUUUGAAGUAAAAUGAUUGGACUUUCCUAUUACCAGCAAAUAAUACAUUGAAACUGUUAGUAAUAUUCAACUUUUGAGAAGAUAUCUAAAUUUCCAGAUGAAUAAAACAUCAAUAAUUGGGAAUGUGCUGCAUGUUGCACUGCUUCAUUAGUCUAAAAACUUUGUUUUGUUGUGCAGUAUGUGGUCUGAUUCUGCGCUCAUAUGGACUGAUGCAAACAUGCUGAAAUCAGUUUAUAGUUCAUCUGCAGUCAGUGAAGCGCCAUGUGUAACAGCAGAAUAUGCUCCUAAAUUUAGGUUUUUAUGCCUCUGGUUACAGUUAUUGGUAAUUUUAAGAUUAUGCUAAACUGACACAUUGUGCUCAGUGUGCUAAAUUUUUGUGCAUAUCCUUUAAAAUGUCCAGUUCUUGUUCAUUUGACAUUUAUUAUGACACAGCUGAUCAUGUAUACUCCUGGGGGAAUUCUGCCCAACUGCGCGUGCACAGAAUUUAUGUGCUUUGCAGAAUUUUUUUUCAGCAGAAAAUACAUUCUGCUGGGAAGGUGCUGCAGUUACUCCUUUUGCCCACCAGGGGCUGUUGUGUUGCCAGAACAGAGAGCAGCUGCUCCUAGGUGGGAGCAGCCCCAGCUGCGGAUAGGGAAGGAGAGGCUGCCUUCCUCACAGCGCCCUGUCCGUGGGGCCAGGUCAGGAGGCACGGGAUAUGGGAGGACGGACAGCAUGGGCUGCUGGGGAAAGGGUCACAGACUGGGGUUCAGAAGGGCUAGUGGGGCACAGACUGGGUCGGGGACUGAGUGGGGGUGCAGGGACACAUGGGGAAGUGAGGGAGAGGGGUGCAGGGCCACGUGGGGUGGCUGAGUGGGGGUGCAGAGCCACAUGGGGAUGGGGACAGAUGUGCCUGCCUGACUGAGAGAGGCUAGGGGUCAGUCAGCGUCUGUAUGGUGGAGGCUCCCUAACAAUCCCUCCCUGCCCAAAAAAGAUGCAGUUUCAUACUUCUCCCAUCCACACCCAACAUGCCUCCAAGUUCACACCCAGGCUCCUUCCCAGCAAUUACUUCCCCCUCCCUCAGCUCCUCAGUCACCCCUGAUUCCCCCAGGCCUUUGCACUGCUUCUGAGGGGUGUGGGAAAUACGUUUCUGUAUUGUAGUUUAAAUGAAUUAUUACUCAGAGUUCUGUAGUAAUGUGCCUAGUAAAGAAUCUAUUUGUCAAAAAAACAUUUCCUGAAUCUUUUUUGUUGUCUGUAUUGUUACAGACAUCGUUGCUGACAUUUAUUUUGAAAUAAAUUACCAAAAUAAUUGAAACUGGCAUGAUUAUAUCGUGUUAUUUUGACAAAUAAAAUAUGCAGAAUUUUGCAGAAUUCCCCCAGGAGUAAUUGUGUGUAUCGCUAUAUGUAUGCAAAUGUUUGUAUUUUUCAAAGGGCUAUAUUGUAAUUCCCCUCUUUGGUAAAGUGGAUACUUGGACUGUUACUCUUGUGGUGUUUGAAUACUGACUGUUAGGAUGCAAGCUUAAUUCCAUUGCAAAAAAAGAUUAGCCCUGGUCUUCAUAGUUCUAGGGAAGAGAAGAGCAAAAAAAUCUGCCUGUGGACUGUAGUGCGACUGGGUGGGUUUUUUUCUUGACCCAGAUGUGACAGAUCCACUUCAAAACCUAUUUUGGGAAACUAAUUGUUUUUAAUUUGGCAAAAUAUUUUGAUAUUUCCCAGUAGCAAAACAGUUUUGAAAACGCCCUGUAAGUAAUUUUGUAGAUGAUCUUGUUCUUUUGGUUGUCAGAGGGAGAAGAAGAUGCACAGGAGAGUAUGGGAUAAAAUUCUGCUCAUAAAUGUGCAAGCAUAGUUGUCAUUGGUCCCCCCGUCCUAUUUGCAAUACCUCUAUCUCCUAUUUACUUAGGAGUUAGGGGGCACUUACAAGUCAGCAGGAGCUGUGUGUGAGCAUUAGACCCAUGAUUAUUUAGAACCUGAGCCUGCAAAGAGCUGAAUAGAACUGAGCAAAUAAUGGAUUUUUUGGUUUGGGUGCUGAACCGAAAAGUUAAAAAAAAAAAAAAAAUUGUUUUGAGGCAAACCAAACCAAUUUUUAAAAAUUUUUAAUCAAACCGAGAAACUUGGAAAACUUUCAUUUCCAGUUGACUGAAACGUUUCAGAUAGUCAAAAUAGUCUUUUCGUGUUUAUAUUCGUUAUGAGUGUUUUUGUUUUGAUUUGGCAGUUUUGUGGUAUUUUUCACCCUCUUUUGUAGUGAUGUUCUUUUGUUUUUUUUAAAUUGGCCAAAUUUGAUAAUGAAAUGCCAUUUUGAAGCAAAAUGUCAGAAAGAAAUGUUUCUAAAUGGUUGAAAUGUUUUGACUUUUUCCACACACAAAUUUCAAGUUGUUUUGGCUGAAACUGUUUGUCAGAUUUUACCCAAAUUCGGGAAUAGUUUUUGAUGAUCUGAAAAAGGCAUUUUUUGGUGACAUUUCUAUUAGCUGAAAAUUUUCACCUAAUGCUAGGGCUGAACGUAUCCUGUGAAGUGUUUUGAGGGCGCUCAUACCAUUGGGCCCAAAGGAAGCAAAGUACUUUUGUAAAGGUGCAUGAAUAACUAAGCCAAAAUUUGAAACUUUUUGUCUUGCACAGUAUGAGGGAGUAGAAACAGAAAAAUGAAGUCUUAUUAGUGGAUUAAGCAUGACCAGGUAAACUGUCCUAGUGCACUUUAAUGCCUGCCCAGUUUUGUUCAGUCUUUUUACUGUGAGCCUAUAAGUAUAUUUCAAAAUAAAUUUUAAAAUUUUCACAUUUUUGUAACUGUUCUUAACUUAUUUAAUAAAACUGUAAUGUGGCUUUAUUUUUAAAUCACACAUAUUUGGGAUUUACAAGUAUUUAAAGCAUUUAGUUUGUUCAAGAAUGUGUAAAAAUAAAAUGGUAUCUGGCAUACA